UUAAGCAUUCAUUCGGGCGUUCAAAGUAGAAAGCUUCACAAAAGCCUGUGUCGAGCAGUGGUAAAGGAAGGAUAGCUCCAUUUCGCAUUCGUUUUUUAAUACCUUUAUUUUUGUGGAUAUAGUGUACCUUAGGACAGAUAUUCAAAAUGUCGUCUUUAUAUCGUGAUCUCGACUCAGACGUUUCCAGCAGCACAAGGAUCGUCAGACACUCAUACAAUGUUUACAGAGGCAGCUCCCCAAGCAGCCAAAAUAGACUGGAGUCCAGAAUCCGGGAACUCGAAGAUUCCUUAGAUUCCGAGAGGGAAAUGAGAUUAAGGUAUGAAAAACAAAGCGCGGAGCUGACCUUCCAGUUAGAUCAAAUGGCUGACAGACUCGAGGAUGCCAUGGGAACAUCAACAACUGUAAGUGAAGUAAGCAGGAAGCGUGAAGCAGAGGUCAACAAAGUUCGCAAAGAUUUGGAAUUGAGCUGUGCUCAGUUCGAGGCUACAGAACAAAACAUGAGGAGGAGACACCAGGAAGCCCUCAAUGAUCUGACCGACCAGUUGGAACAUAUGGGUAAAUCUAAAUCCAGAGCUGAGAAGGAAAAGAAUCAACUCAUCAUCGAGAUUGACUCUAUCCAAGCUAUGAAUGAUGGUCUUCAAAAAGCCAAGAUGUCAGCUGAUUCCAAAAUCGAUGCCCUUGAGGGAUCAAACAACCGUCUCAAAGUUGCUGUUGAUGACCUUACUCGCCAGUUGAACGACUCCAACCUCUCAAAGGCUCGUCUCACGCAAGAGAAUUUCGAUCUCCAACACCAGGUUCAGGAACUGGACGGUGCCAAUGCCGGUCUCGCCAAAGCCAAGGCCCAACUUCAAAUUUUGUGUGACGAUUUGAAGAGGAACCUUGAUGACGAGAGCAGGCAAAGACAAAACCUUCAAGUACAAUUGGCAGCCAUUCAGUCAGAUUACGAUAAUUUGAACGCCCGUUAUGAAGAAGAAUCCGAAAACGCCUCCAGCCUCCGUGCCCAGCUCAGUUCACUCAGUGCCACAUACGCAGCUCUGAAGACCAAAUACGACAAAGAACUCAUGGCCAAACAAGAAGAGCUCGAGGAGAUUAGACGCAGACUCAGUAUCAAGAUCCAGGAACUCGAGGAUACAUGUGAACAGCUCAGAACCAGAUGCAACACUCUUGAAAAAACCAAGAACAAGCUCACUAUUGAGAUUAGAGAAAUCACCAUUGAACUCGAGAACACCCAAAUCAUUGUCCAAGACCUCACAAAGAGGAACAGACAACUUGAGAACGAGAAUGCUGCCCUACAAAAGAGAUGUGAUGAUCUCUCAGCCGAGAACGGUCAACUUAGAAACGAUAAAGCCAACCUUGAAACCGAAUGUUCAAGACUCAGGGUUGCCAACGCUGAACUCGCAGAAAAGAACGCCAACUUGGAGAGAGAGAAUGCUGGACUCCAGAAUGCCCUCAGAGAGGCCAACAAUGAGUUGAAAUCUGCCAACAGAAUGAUCAACGAACUGACAGCACUUAAAGCACAGUUGGAGGCUGAGCGUGACAACCUUGCAAGUGCUCUUCGUGACACUGAAGAGGCUCUCCGUGAUGCUGAAGCCAAACUUGCCGCCGCCCAAGCUGCCCUCAACCAACUUAGAUCCGAGAUGGAACAAAGACUUCGCGAGAAGGACGAAGAAAUUGACAGCAUUAGGAAGAGCAGCGCACGUGCAAUUGAUGAGCUCCAGAGAACACUUGUUGAGGUAGAAACCAGAUACAAGACUGAAAUUUCAAGAAUCAAGAAGAAGUACGAAACUGACAUCCGGGAACUUGAAGGUGCAUUAGACAACGCCAACCGCGCCAACGCCGAGUACUUGAAACAGAUCAAGAGUCUUCAAAACAGAAACAGGGAAUUGGAAUUGCAAUUGGAGGAAGCCACACGUCAAUUGGAUGACACUAGAAACCAACUGUCAGUUUCCGAAAGGAAGCGUAUCACCAUCCAACAAGAAUUGGAAGAUGCCAGGUCUCUAUUGGAGCAUGCCGAGAGAGCCCGCAAGAAUGCCGAAAACGAACUUGGAGAAGUAACAAUCCGUCUUACCGAAAUACAACUUCAAGUCACAGCCCUUACAAACGACAAACGCCGUAUGGAAGUCGACAUUGCCGCCAUGCAGAGCGAUUUGGAUGAUGCCCUCAACGGACAAAGAGCUGCCGAGGAACGUGCUGACCGUCUCCAAGCCGAGGUCAACAGACUUGCUGAUGAGCUCAGACAGGAACAAGACAACUACAAAAAUGCCGAAUCACUCCGUAAACAACUUGAAAUCGAGAUUAGAGAAAUCACUGUCAGACUUGAAGAGGCUGAGGCAUUCGCUCAGAGAGAAGGAAAGAGACAGAUUGCCAAACUCCAGGCUAGAAUCCGUGACUUGGAAAAUGAAUUGGAAGCCGACCAGAGACGUCUUAGAGAAACUGCCGCAUCAGCCCGUAAAUUCGAACGUCAAUGGAAAGAAACCGUUCAAGCAUCUGAUGAAGACCGUCGCCAGGUUGCCGAGCUCACUAGCAUCACCGAUCAACUCACAAUGAAAUGCAAGACAUACAAGAGAAUGAUCGAAGAGGCCGAAGACGUUGCAGGAAUCACUAUGAAUAAAUACCGCAAAGCCCAAUCAUUGAUUGAUGAAGCCGAACAGAGGGCAGAUAUGGCGGAAAAGAACUUGCAAACCGUCCGCAGAUCACGAUCUAUGUCUGUCUCACGGGAAGUAACCAGAGUAGUCAGGGUCUAAAUUCAUAUUUCAAGGAAAAAGACUUCAUUGAAUCAUCAUUUUUAAAAAAAGAGCUGUGUAAAUGUUGAUACGUGACAGUAAUAAGAGACAUAAUUCCAAUUGUUUCCCUUAAUUUAUAUUGUACAGAUUUAUAUUUAUUUUUGUUGAACAUUCAUAUCUGGUGCGUAUCACUGCGCGUGUUUGCUGCAUGAUUUCAAAAGGAUUAUUUUUUCUGUUUUGUCAUAAAUUGAAGUAAAUUGGUCGGAACCAAUGCUCGGCACAGCGAAGCAUGCACACAGUUUUCAUUUUCUUGUACUGAUGUCAAAGAAGUGUCUACAGUGGCCUUUUUAUGGCAGUAAAGAGCUUAGUGACGUGCAGGGAAAUGCUUUGUUGAAAUAGCACAAUUUUAUCUAUAUUUUAUUUUCUAAAGUGCAAUAUUUCAUUUUUAUUUAUUUUCCAUUGUGAUAUACAGAGAGAAGAUAUUUUUAUUGUUUUUAUACAUGUAAUAUUGAAGAAGAAGUUGUGUACAGAGUAAUAAGGACUGUUUGCAUAAGAAAGAUAUAUAUGUCGUUUGAAUAUUUAAUUCUUACUAUUAUAAUGUUGAUAUUUUGUUGAUGUUAAUGAAAAAACAAGAGAAGGUAAUAAUGCAUUUCCUGUAAAACAUUUAGAUGAUUUAGAUCUAGUUCAGAGGUCCAGCUAGUGAACGAUAGCUCUUUAUCCGACGAACAUGAAUUGUAAUGUACGUCUACCAAUGCUGAAAAAUAAAUUCCGUCACUGUUGCUUAAACUUCUUGCUUUAUUGUUUUUAAUAAAAAUGAUGGAAGUAUGAAAA